CCCCAUUUGUCAAACGGCGAACGUCGCAAGUAAGACGUCAAGUGAAAAAACAAGGCCCGAGAGUGUCGCGUACUUUUAACGACGUUUUUUUUGCCAUAAAUUCAACAUUUAAGUGCGAUUUCGGGGCGUAAAAGGAGCCCGUAUAGUAUCAUCAGGGUCUAGUCCGCCCCCCCCCAGUUUAAAACCCUUAAUUCGGCUUCACGAAAACCGCGUAAAAACGACGAUAUCGACGGAAAUCGGCGCGUCGUCCACAAUGGCAACCAGCGAUUCAGCGGGAGACGACUCUUUGUAUCCGAUUGCGGUCCUAAUUGACGAAUUGAAAAAUGAGGAUGUACAGCUUCGCUUAAAUUCCAUUAAAAAACUAUCGACAAUCGCCUUGGCGUUAAAUGUGGAAAGAACCAGGUCCGAACUGAUCCCAUUCCUCACUGAGACCAUUUAUGAUGAGGAUGAGGUGCUGUUGGCCCUCGCCGAACAGUUGGGUCAGUUCACCAAUUUGGUCGGAGGGCCUGAGUACGCCUACUGUUUGUUGCCCCCAUUGGAGAGUUUGGCAACCAUCGAGGAAACCGAAAUUUCACAGGUGGUGCGUGACAAGGCAGUGGAGUCUUUAAGGGCGGUGGCACAGCAGCACAGCCCCGCCGACUUGGAACAGUAUUUCGUUCCUUUGGUGCAAAGGUUGAGCUCCGGAGACUGGUUCACAUCCAGGACUUCCGGUUGUGGCCUGUUCUCCGUGUGUUACCCAAGGGUGUCGGCAGCGAUGAAGGCAGACUUGAGGUCCCACUUUAAGGCCCUGUGUCAGGACGACACUCCGAUGGUGCGUAGGGCGGCCGCCUCCAAACUGGGGGAGUUGGCUCAGGUGGUCGAGCUGGAAUACGUCAAGUCCGAUCUGAUUCCCAUGUUUGUCAAUUUGGCCCAGGACGAGCAGGACUCCGUGCGACUUUUGGCGGUGGACGCGUGCGUGAGCAUCGCCACCCUGCUGCCGCAGGACGACGUGGAGCAGCUGGUGAUGCCCACCUUGAGACAGUGCACCGGCGACACCUCGUGGCGGGUGCGUUACAUGGUCGCCGAUAAGUUUACGGAACUGCAAAAGGCGGUGGGACCGGAAAUAACGCGGACCGACCUGGUUCCGGCCUUCCAGAGUCUGCUGAAGGACUCGGAGGCGGAAGUGAGGGCGGCGGCCGCCAACAAGGUCAAAGACUUCUGUCAGAACCUGGACAAGGCCCACCAGGAGAGCAUCAUCAUGAAUAACAUCUUGCCCUGCAUCAAGGAACUGGUAGCGGACCCGAAUCAGCACGUGAAAUCGGCCCUGGCCUCUGUAAUAAUGGGGCUCAGUCCCAUUUUGGGGCGUCACAACACCAUCGAGCAUCUUCUGCCCCUCUUUUUGACCCAAUUGAGAGACGAGUGUCCCGAAGUCAGACUGAACAUUAUUUCGAACUUGGACUGCGUGAACGAGGUUAUCGGCAUACAGCAGUUGUCCCAAUCGUUGUUGCCCGCAAUCGUAGAAUUGGCCGAGGAUUCAAAAUGGCGCGUACGGUCCGCUAUUAUCGAGUACAUGCCCUUGUUGGCCGGACAGUUAGGAAGGGAGUUCUUCGACGAAAAACUGAACGCCCUCUGCAUGACGUGGCUGAUGGAUCACGUGUUCGCCAUAAGGGAGGCGGCAACGUUAAAUCUCCGUAAACUCGUGGACCAGUUCGGAGCCGAAUGGGCGGAAUCCACCAUAAUCCCGAAAGUGUUGGCCAUGGCCCGUGAUCAGAACUAUUUGUACAGGAUGACCUGUUUGUUUUCGAUUAACGUGCUGGCGGAGGCCUGCGGUAGCGAUAUCACCACCCGGUUACUGUUGCCGACCGUUUUGAGUAUGGCCCAGGAUAAAGUGGCGAAUGUGCGCUUUAAUGUCGCCAAAACUUUACAGAAAAUCGCCCCACAGUUGGAUCAGGCCGUUAUACAACCGCAGGUAAAACCAGUAUUAGACAAACUAAACCAGGACUCCGAUGUGGACGUGAAAUAUUCGGCUUCGGAGGCGAUUUCCGGCAUUUCCGGUAAGUCAGACGCUUAAGGACGAAAACAAAAUUUCAUUUACUAAUUAUUUAGUGUAAACGCACCAUUAACUUAUUAAACGAUUAUGUUUUGUUUUUUAUAAGCUCGUUGUCUUUUUCUAUUAUUAUUAUUAUUAUUAUUUGUAUCUUUCUUAUUAAAUUAGUUGUACUAAA